CGCACACGCCAGUACGCUAAGAACUAGUGAGAAAAAUAAACUUUUUAUUUGAGUCUCUGUUUAUUUUAUCAUUAUGAAUAAAUUCAAAAUACUACGGCUCAGUGAGGCGCUUAAUUAAUAACCAUAAUUAGUUUAGAAGGUCUAUGCAAAAAAGAAUAUAACUUAAUAUGUCUCAUCGCUUGGCUUGUGAAUUGCGAAAUCGCAGGCACACACACACAUGACUGUGCACAUGCAUACAUAUUUACAUAGAUGCAGAGGUGACAAAAGGUAUGGCAAACAUAAAAAAAUCAAAGCAAAGGAGAUGAAAGAGAUUUGGAAAGAAUCGUGCUAACUAUGCAUAUAUCCAUUGAUUGUGCUCAACACUAAAGCACAGAAACAUACAUACAGACAAACAUAAAGCCAUAGACACUUGCUAAGCUAUUUCUCACUUUUGCAAUACUCGUAUGACUUUGCUCUAUCUUUGGAGUUUGGCUGCGGUUUAAGUUGUUAAUUUACCAAAACCUCAAUAUUAGUACGAAAUAGUUUGGCGAAUGCUGUAGGCGCUAAGACCGAAAACAGCAGCAACAGUGAGAUUAGAGCGCAUUCUUUUGUUUUGUUCAAAGUGGCGGAAGUGAAUUUUGCGUUUAAAAAAUUUCCUUAUAGAUUUUAAAAUAUAUUAUAAUUAUGUCAAAACUAGCAAUUUUGCUUCUUUUAUUCGGAAGCACAGCGAUUGUUUGGCAACAGGCUGAGGCGAAGCCAUUUCUUUUUUUGCCCGCGAAUUUCUUCGUCUUGACGACAAGAGCACCAUCCACUGGCAGUACUUCAUCUUCAACAUCAACGUCAUACUCCUCCUCAUCAUCAUCUUCGGCAUUCGGCGGACUUUUCCAAUUGCCGAUAAAUAUAAUAAGCCGCAAAUUGAAUUUCAUAAAUAGUUUGCUAUCGAGUUUUAGUGGUGGCGCUGGUGGCGGUGGUAAUAUUGGCGCCAGUGGCCAUUAUGGUGCCGGUGGCAUAGUGGGAGGAAGUGGCAAAUUUGGCGGUAGUUUUGGACUUGGCUUUAAAUUCAACGCGGGACCCACUACUCAGAGACCAAGAACAACUACGGAAGGAUCAACAGAAACAAAUACGAUUUUCACUCCACAGUCAACAACAAAUGCGCCAAAAUCCACGACUGGAAACACCGUUAGUUCUGGCAGAGAUUCAACAACCACAACAAGUACAGAAAUGUCUUUAGUUAGCACGACAACAGAAUCAUUAAGUAGCACUACAACAAAAUCAAGUACCAAAGUACCCUACAUUACAACCACAGAAAGCAGUACCACUCACACCAGCUCCACUUCAAAGCCGUUUAUCGAUACUACAGCGAGCACUGUUACAAGCGUUAAACCUACAUUAGUUACAGAACAACCAGUGCAUACUAUCACAACGGAAAAAGCUACAACUAAUCUCGCUACCAGCACAGAGUCUUUCAUUACGAUGGAAACUUUCAACACUGUUAAAUCAACAAUAACGCCAACAACCGAAAAAUAUUCCCCAGACGUCGAAUCCACCUCAGAGACCAUUUCAACCACCGCCAUAACAACCGAGAAACAUUCUUCUGAUGUGGACUCCACUUCGGAGGCGGUUUUAACCUCCACCACAACAACCGAGAAAUAUUCAUCUGAUGUGGACUCCACUUCAGAGGCAGUUUUAACAUCCACCACAACAACCGAGAAAAAUGCUUCUGAUGUGGACUCCACUUCAGAGGCGGUUUUAACCUCCACCACAACAACCGAGAAAUAUUCCUCUGAUGUGGACUCCACCUCAGAGGCGAGUUUGAGCACCACAACUGUCGGCUCCAUCACCGUUAACCCAACAACUGUCACAACAACCGAAAGUGUUUCAGAAGUUGUCGCUUCUACCACUGAAGACAACGGAAGCAUAAAUACAACCGGUUAUGUUUACCAAACGGGUAAACCAGAAUCGGAAAUAGUAACGGAAUCUGUCACAAACGCUGGUUAUCAUUACCAAAGGAACGAAGUGAGCAAAGGCGUGAGUGUGAGUGGGUAUACCUAUAAGAGGCCAAGUCCGGAGACUGUAAAUGAAAUUUUCAGCGGUGACAUGUAUUUACCUGUGCUAUAACUUAGUUCCAGCUAUAUAAAUGAAGUGCAAUGACGAAUUAGAAUUAGAAGCUCACGACUCAGGAUCAUUCCAGUUUAUCGUGGAAUUUAGUGUGAUACGAAAUUGAAAAUAAAUGUAUAUAUAAUUUUAAUGCUUUUAUUCAAGUUUUGCCAAUACAAA